AUGCACUCAUCCCAGUCUGGAACGCUAGCAACUAGUCCGUCACCACUAAAGUCCCCCCCUCAGAACUUCACCCCUGAUACACUCCCACCCGCGCCAUUCUGGCUAGAGGAGGCACCCGUGUACCGCGAUGACUGGGCCCGGCAACAUCCCUUCAUCCACCUUCUCUUCCACCGCGACAUCAUCACGCGUCUCGUGUGGUGUGCGGCAGCGUGUCGCUAUCUGACAGGUGGCGCCGACGGGGCAGUGAAGCUGUGGCGAUCGGAGCUGCAGCCCCGCGUAUCCUCCUCGCACGCGGCCUCCUUGUCCUCUGCGGAACGCCCCGCGCUCAUUCCGGAGGCCCAUGUCGCCACUCUCGGUGGCCCCGUCACCGACUUGCGCACAAGUUGCCGGGAGGUCGGGAACUCUGAGGUGGCGGUGAUCGCCUCUACCGACGGAACGCUGACGCUGUGCCGCACUGGCACAGGCGAGACCAUCCGCACGUUGCGUGGGGCACGUGGGGAAUCGCUGGAGCGCUGUGGCACAGUCGCGGAGACAGGAAGCGGCCCCACGCGCGCCGGGUUGGGACCGGAGGACGCCAUCGAGGACAAUGACAAUGGCGCGCUGGCCGAGGGAAGCCGGCAGUUUACUCAACGCUCUUCCAAGGUUCUGGCGUGGUACGCGGCAGACACGUAUAGCUAUCGCCUUGCACCCUCCUCUGACGUGGCGGUUGUGCGCAGGCCCGUCUACACCGUGCGCGCGUACAGAAACGAGGCCCGUGAGGCCCGCGCCAGUCCUUCGAACGAAUACUUCCAAGGCCUGCGCACGGUCGCGCCAACCUACGAGCACUUGGCGCCGCACGAGAUGAUGAUCGCAGAUGUGCUGAUGCACUUCAGCGUCGCCCCAGCCUCGAUGACCUCCACACACACGUCAGCCAUGCCUCGGCAAUGGUACGCGUGCGCCAUCGCGCUCGCCGCAGCGCCCGCCGUGAUUCACGCCAGCAACAUCGGCGGGUGCGGCAGCGGUGCGUCAUCGUCGUCCCAAUCAGCCCUGGAUCCGCUUCUAUUGCUUGGGUUUCCGCAGGGCCUCGUGCAGGUCUAUGUGUUGCCACAGCGCUGGUUCGCCCUGCACCAGCACGGCGAGACGCGUCUAGACCCGCCAGCGCUGCGCGUUCCCGUCUUCUCGGCUCUCCUCCACUCAGCGGCGGUGCUCUGCAUAGAGGUGAUCGUGAGCCGCGACGUGGUCGUCUCUGUGAGUGAAGACGGUACGACGCAGCUGCGACGGCUUUCGUGUUUGCGUGCGCCACUGCGGCAGCUCAACGUAGUCGUCUCGCUGCCCACGCCGAUGCCCCGUGUGCUCCCGUCCUCCUUGAUCCCCGUCCCACCACGAGCGCCAGCGCUGCGGCAGCGCGUAGGCAGCGCCCAUGGUCACUCGCGGCUUAUCACAUGCUGCUGUGUCGAUGCUGAGCAACAGUUGCUCAUCACUGGCAGUUCCGACCACACACUCUGCUGGUGGAGCCUCAUGUUAGGCAGCUCAUCUACUCCAAUACGCAUUGUGUCGUUGCGCGACACCGCGACCACCAUGGUGCCGAGGGGCAGCGCUGACGGCACCUCAUCACCAUCCAGCCCACCAUCGAUGGCGGCCAGAGGCGGCUACCCGGUGGACGUGAGCCUUUUCCGUCGAAAGCUACUCGCCGAGUGUCACAACGAGGCGUCGCCGGACGUUGUCAGCUGUGGCGACGCAGGCGGCAGCAGCUCGUUGCCACGCAGCUUCCAGGUAGGCCUAUUUCUGCUCGUGCUGGACACAGAGCGAGUUGUGCGCAUCUUCGAUGCCCUCUCGGGCAAGCUCAUCACCUACGAAAUCGAAUCACGGGCCGCUGCCGCUGCUGGGUCGUCUGGAACGGUCGACAGUGUGAGCGGCGUGACCAAAGAUGUGCGUCUUGCCCGCUACGACUGCGUAAACGGUGCUGACCGAGUGCUGCUGGGUGGACUAUGUUUAGUGCCGUGGUACCUCGCCAAUGCAGCGGCGUCUGGUGUGACGCGCGGGCACACAGCGUCGAUCAUAUUCACCGCCUGGUGCGCGUCCCUGAAGUGUGCCGUGACGGCGGAUGCGCACCACGUGUUCUUGUGGCGGCUACGCGCUGGAAGGCAGAGAAACCCUACAGCAGAGGUGCUGCGCGCAUGGUACAUAGCGGCUGGCGUUCGAUCGGUCGCCUUGUGCGACGCGGCAGCCACUGACGAGCCCGCGCAUCUGCAGCAGCCGUCCCUGUUCAUUGUGCACGGGUCAGAGCCUGUCAUUGGGCAGUACGACUGCCUUCUCCGCGACUCCUCACCGGUACCUGGUAUGGCUGAGCUUCCCCAGCCUCGACUUCUGCGGCAACUGUCACUCCGCGCCGGCACUGAUGUCGCCUGCGCCUCCGUGGACGCGCUUGCAGCGGUCACUGUAAUGGCGAGGACGGCCAACGCAACGCACGCAGGCAGCGCAGCGGGGGUGGUGACGACCUACGUCCUCGCUGCGUGUCACACCACGCGUGGAACGGGUUACGAGGAGUCGCAUGCCGCAAGUGAGGAAAGCCGCCUGUAUACGUACCCGCUGCGACUGACGCGUGCCACGACGGGGCCGGGAAGCAACCAUACACCUUCGACUGUUGACGGAGCGACUGAGCCGAUUGCACCGGUGCGUGAGCUCCACCUUUCCGACUCGCGUGCAGACGAUAAAAACAGCAUGGUGAGCGUGCUAGGCCUUCCGUGUGUCGAUCUGCUUGUCGUUGGUGGUCGGCGUGUCUUGUACACGGCGCCCCUCUCUAGCGCUGCCAUGUCUGCAGUCCCGUGCCACUCGCUGCCCCCUGAGUGGGCUGCGGCGCAGCAGCUGAGCUGGCGAGGCUCAAACCUGUCCAUGCGGGCGCCACAGCCUACGGCGGUCUUUCCCGGUCCUCUGAUCUUACUGGAUGACUCGACCACUCUUGAGAUGCCAGAUGAGGAGACAGAAGGCCAGGCGAACAGUAGUUCUGCGGUCGCGAUGGAACUCGUGGACUCAUCGCUGACGGGCUUCUUGUCGCGCCUGAUGCACAUCCCCCACGACACGGCCGCCUCGGCGCAGGACAGCGCCGAGGCGGCCGUGUGUCUGGUGCUGUCCGGCAGCAACGACGGUCUCGUGCAGCUUUGGGACGUGCAACACGGCCGGGAGCUGUGGCAGUGCCGCGCGGUGCCGACGCGUGAGCCCAUUACCGCACUCGCCGUGCACCAGUACGCCGCGCGGUGGUUGGUCGCCUGCGGCGACCAGAGCGGUGUAGUGACGUUGCUCGACAUUACCAGCAUCCUGCAGGCCGCACGCCAGGUGGUCGCUGCAGACGCGCAGGUGCUGCCGAAGCCAGCCGCGAGCACCACUAGGUGGUGCUCGCGGCACGGGCUGGUGCGUGGGGAAGGGCGCAUGCUUGAUCGCUGGCUGGCGCACGCGGACGCCGUCUCUGGCGCUUUCUUCACGACAGUGCCAGCUGAUGUAGGGGACGCGGCUGUCACUGCUCCCCAACUUCUCACGACCGGAGAGGACUCUGUCGUUAUGCUCUGGGAGCUGCCGUCGUGGACGUUGCCGUCCGUUUCCCACGUCGCACGAAAUGACGAGCUCAGCGGCAUUCCACUGCUCCGUCCAGGUGAAGGUGCGGACGCAAACAAACGCCGUCACUACGAUGUCCCCGUGCGGGUGCAGCCGAGUAUGACGAAGCUGCCGAGGGCCGCCAGGCAGGCGUACGAGCCGUGGCGGCAGCAGUACGUGCGCGAGCGUCUGCUAGGCGGCGAAGAUGCGGAGCUCUCGGCCGCCUUGACGCAAUUUUACACGCACGACAAAUCUUGGAGUGGCAUGACAGCAAGCGAAUCGAAGAACGCGGAACUCGGCGAGGACGAGAGCGAGGAGGAGGCAAGCCUCAUCGAUGGCGCAUGGGCAGUGCUGACUGCUGAUGUCCGCGCGUUCUCAGGAUUUGUGGAUCCUGUGGAGCCCCAAGGCGAGGCACCAGCGGUAGCACCGCGGCCGCGCACCGUGGUGCACGCCUGGUGCAUGUCCCUCUUACCGGAUGCUACAUCCAAAAUCACAACAGCCACAUUAUCGAACAGCCCGCCCGCCGCGAAGCACCGACCCCACCGCGACAAAGACAAGGACAGCACGUACUGUGAGUCUGCGACACUCCCGUUUGUCCCCUCAGAGGCAGCAAGAAGGGUAGCACCGCUCCCCUCCCCGCUCAUUCUCGCCUUCGCUGACCGCUGCUGUGCCGGCCGUGCUGUAGGCGAACACCGCUCCGUGCACCAUCGGCGUUUGUCAGAGUGUGAGACGGGUGCCUCAUCCGUGCGAGAGCGUCUGCGCCAGGCGCUACGCGUCGUCGUGCGCGGCUCGGUCAGAAAUUCCUCACCGCAGUGCGCGUCUGGCGCAUGGACAGGGACGCGGCAGACGCAAGGCACUCCCUUAGGGCCAUCGUUGCUGCCGCCCGUUGCAGACCAUUUCGCGUCCACAGAUGGCACGCCGUCGCCGCCACCGCGGCUGCCGGAGGAAGCAUCGCCCGUCAGCGACUCGAUGCCCUGCAACAUCGACGUUGUGAACAGCGAGAUGUCAGGGACGCCGCCGGCCAGUGCCCCCAUCUCUACGGCACCCGGUGAGUCUUUCUACGGCGUCACACCGAACGGCUUGUCGCAACCCGUGGCGAAACACGGGGCUACGCCGCGGCGCCAGCUUGGCUUCACGGAUGCGAGUGACAAGUCUCGAUCGACGCAGCGCCCAGCGCCAACGGCAGCCUUUCAAAAUCAGUCGUCUCGUGUGGUCGUCGCGCACUGUAUGGGGUACCGCGUACACGCACCACGGGUCCGGCGCGCAUCUGCAGACCGAUGGGCCGGUGUGACCGCAAAGAACGGUUGCCUCCUCCGCAGCAGAACACCAGGGGAAGCGCGCCACGCGGCGAUGAGUGGGUCGGCGACGGCAGCGCGUCUGUUACAUGACUACUUCGUAGACACCGACGCCGAUCUGGGCACCGAAGCCAACGCGCCUCACAGGAGUCUCGCUGGCGGUGGCGUCUCAGCGACGAUCAUGCAGCAAGUCAACCACCACCGGCGUCGUGAGGAGGCGCUGCGGCGUCUGAUUACUCUCGAGCAGGCGGAUCUCGGCACCCCAGGGAAUAAGACAGCGGAGAUGAAGCGCAAACUCUUUGGUGAUGCCGUGAACCCUCCAGCGUUGCGAAGCGGCACGGUUGCGUUGGGUCUCCCGCAGUGCAGCGUGCGACAGGUGUCAGCGGCGACGAGUCAGUGCGAAAGAUCGAUGGCGAAGCAGCCAAAGACACGCAUCGGUGGCUCCUCGCAGAAAAGUCCGUCGCCACAAGCAGUUAUGGUGAAUCCGCCGACGGCUGCGCAGGUCUUGGUGUCCGACGCCUACCUCACACCAGUGUUAAGACGUGUCGGCGUCUCCAGCGCUGUCUUGCCGGACCACGCGGCGGCUGCUCAGAAAGUCAGCACUAGCGUCACGGCUGCAUCGCUUGGGUCGACGCUCGUACCCGACUCGGCGAACUCGGCGUGGUAUGUGGAGCGGCAGCGGCGCCGCGACGCUGCCCGCGAGAAGGCGCGUCUGUGGAACUCGCAGAGGGUGAUGAAGACGCUGCUGGAGUGGACAACGCAGCCGGUGGAAUCCUGCAGCGGCGUCGCAGAGCCGGUACGCGCGACGGAGGGAUGUGUUGAGGAUGGUCACACGAUCGCCCUCGGCACCAAAGCCUCGCAGCCGGCUCUCCACCUCCCGUCAAUCCUGUCCCUACGCCGUUCGACUGACAGCGCACUCCUCCCCGUCGUAAAAGAGGCGAUCGAGCCGCCCAACGCGGCCGCGGCGACGCUCACGACUCUCCUUUGGGUGUCGCCGACAACCGCCAUCGACGUCGCGGUGCGUCAAGGGCUACCCUCACGCAAAACCUUGCGGGCCGAAAUAGCAGCUGCGAAGAUGCGUAUGCGGCAAUCCGUGCGGGCCCGAGCCGCUUACCAGCGCGAGCACCGAGCCAUUGCAGUAGAGGUAGGCGACGACAGCGUCGUGAACGUGGCCGAGGUGCUCGGCAGUAGUGACACCGAUAGCCUCUCUGAAGAGCAACGUGGGCCCGACAAGGUUGCCAGCACCGGUGUGGCAAGCCAGCGCUCUCACGAAAGUCAGACGAUGUCGCAUGAUGCGAUUCCCGUCGCUGCCUCCAUUACGCCGCUAGGAAAGUCCGGGUUUACUCCGCGGCGUGCGCUGCAGCCGCACGAAGGGGCUGAGCCCCGCCGCAUGGCCACUGUGCCGCUGCCCAUUGCCACCACACGCCAAGAGCUCUUUGGCAGCAGCACGCCACGCCGGAAGUGA